UCAUAAGCGAGUACCACAUGUCCUGUUCUUAGUUGACGAUACCGUGCAGGGCUGCCUGUAGUCGCGUCAAUUAAGCGGCCCAACAACAACGUAAUCUGCAUGAUGCAAAUGUCACACAGUACACGUGUUAUUUAAAUACGUAGACCUAACCCAUUCUCGGUCAUUUCGGCCUCUUGCAAAAACUUGAAAAACAUGGAGCGCCUUGUUUUGUUUUACGUGGCAAUACUGCUGUACUGGCUGCUAGUAGCUGGAUGUGGCCGUUUCAGGAUGCAGGGCAUUUAUGCCUUCAGAGUGCCGGAACAGUCGCAAAAUGCUGAUGCCAAACGGAUGCCAUUGUUGACCACGCUGCCUAUGAUGCCUCCAAUGAUUCCUCCAACGCGCAGUGCCGCUAACACUGCAAUAACUGAUAAAGCACCGCUGUCGGUCAACAUCAGCGGUAAAGCGCAGUGUCUACGAGAGGGCGCGAUCGGGCGUCUCAUAGACCGCUUCCUGUACCAUCGUCUGGUAUGCUCGCAGAAUGUCCUGACCCACGAUGCGACCACUGCCGUCCGUCCACUGGGGGAAGCAUUUUGGGAGGGAUUGGUUAAUCUGCUAGAAGCGGAACUGCAAAAGAUAAUUCCGAAGGAAAAAGGAACGCCAGUGUUAGCAUCGGGUGGCUCGUGCCGAUGUGGCCGGCACAACUUCCUCAACAGUAUCAUUGUCGACGUCCGUCCACGGCCGCCCUCAACACGCUCCUACCUGUUUGACCAUCUCCCUUAAGAACUGACAAGCAUUGUGGACUUACCGCAAUUUCUGUGCCCGUUCAAGCAUCGGCGUACGGAAACAGCAAAAUAAAUUAUAAUUCGUAAUUGAGUUCCAGGAGCGUCGGAACUGUUGGUAGUAUGUUAAUACGGGCGUGAU